UAUUUGGAGAAGUUCCUAACAGAACAGAUGAUGGAAAGGAGGGAAGAUGUAUGGCUUCCAUUGAUUUCCUACAGAAAUUCAUUAGUGACAGGUGGUGAGGACGAUAGGAUGUCUGUGAAUAGUGGAAGCAGCAGUAGCAAAACUUCUUCUGUUCGAAAUAAGAAAGGUCGACCUCCACUUCAUAAGAAAAGAGUUGAAGAUGAGAAUCUUGAAGGCACUUGGCUGAAUAGAAAUGACAGCAUCCAGACCCCAGGUGCUCUACAGACACCUCAGCUCACAUCAACAGUGUUGAGAGAAAAUACUCGACAAAUUGGGGAGCAAAUACCAGAGCAUGAGUCAGAACCUGGAUCUGAACAAGAUUUUUUAAACAAGCCUCCAGUGGCCAAGCAACAAAUUAAUACAGACAAACAUGAAAGUCAGAGUGAAGAAGAUGUAAGUAGCCAUAACUCUUUGGAGUCAUGUAGUUCCAUGACUCAAGAGGCUAGUGCAUGGAUUGAAGCUCUUUCAUUUGAGAUUGAGGAUUUGUUUAAUGAAAACCCUGAUUGUACUCUGCAUAGAGUACAAAAGUUUAAACCACUGCUAUAUAGGCAGAUUUGUAUCUUUACAAGCAGAAUAUUUAGUGAACAUAAUUCUGGAAUCCUGCUUAUUCCAGAAUGUGGCAUCUUACUCAG